CGCGUUCGGCACUAUUCAGAUGUUCCCUCAGCUUGCCGCACUUCGGGCUUUCUUUAACGCGCCGUGCACGGUCUGUGCCUGUACUCAUUAUAGGCCUAUCGGGCCCGCGCCUCAACCGGUUUGUGUGGUCGGACAUCCGUAAUGCACGGGAGGAACGCCUGUGCGUCGCGCACGGCUGGAGGAGGCAUGCACCUGCACAGAAAACGCCCACGAGCCGGCAAGGGGGUCUUCCGAAGCCCCAGCAUGCAUGCGGACUGACUAGGCUGCUGCACAGGGCUGGGGACACAGAAGGCACGUUGAACAGGACAUCGGAGCUGCAGCAUGGGCGUGGGGACGAGUGAUCGCAAAGAAGAUGCGGGGAGAGGAUGCAUCAAGAUUGCUUUUGGUUGAAGAAUAGAUUGGAUGCACACUUUUUCCCCGUGUUUUUGGCCUGUUCUUUUCUGACUCGUUGAAUACUUUUCUGGUGGUUGUGGUGGUGUGUGUGCGUGAACCGGCACUUGUGUAAAAAGAAAAAAAGGAUGGAUAAAGCCAUGCCUACGAAAGCUUCCGCAGUCAAGAGCUCGCAGGUUUCGGCCGAUGACCUCUCAAAAAUAAGCGACGAGGUUUUGUUAAAGUGGGGCAAAGACGAAUUGGUUCGCCGGUUGCGGAGGUCAGAGGCGGAGAAGAUGAGCGUUAUCUUGGACCACAGUAAUCUGAUGCGGGAGGUGAACCGGCGGCUCCAGCAGCACCUCACCGAGAUACGGAGUCUGAAGGACGUGAACCAGAAGCUGCAGGAGGACAACCAGGAGCUGCGGGACCUGUGCUGCUUCCUGGACGACGACCGGCAGAAGGGGAAGCGGGUUUCCCGGGAGUGGCAGCGCCUCGGCCGCUACAGCGCGGGCCUGAUGCGCAAGGAGGUCACCGUGUACCUGCAGAAGCUCAAGGAGCUGGAGCAGCGGCAGAGCGAGGUGCUCCGCGAGAACCUGGAGCUCAAGGAGGUGUGCCUCAUGCUGGAGGAGGAGCGGGCCGAGGCGGCGGCGACGGCGGUGGCUGCCGUGGCGGGGCGGGGCGCCGCCGGUGGGGGCGGAGCCGGUGGCGGCCGGGCGGGCGGAGGGCCGGGGACGGCAGGGGGCGACGCCGGCUGCAGGGGCUCCAUCGACAGCCAGGGCAGCCUGCUGGGAGGCGGGCCCGCGCCGGGCCUGCUCCGGGACGUGGGCGACGGGAGCAGCACCUCCAGCGCCGGGAGCACGGAGAGCCCCGACAACCCCCAGAACAAGCACCCCCCCGCUGGCGGGCAGCCCGCCCCCCGGCCGGGGCACGGGUCGGGGUCCUCCUCGGGUCCGCCCGGGUCAAAGCCCAAGGACGGGUGCGUCCACGACGUGUGGGGCCGGAGACACAGCUCCACCCCGGAGUACUACACCUUCCCCCAGUCGUACCGCCCCCGCGGGGGCUCCCUCACCAACCUGGAGGCCCGGGGCAUGCGGGGCCUCAGCUCCGAGAAACACGGGACCAAGCACAGCCCCGCCCGGCAGGCCUGCGUCCCCCAGGGGCCCCACAGCGUGGACAUGCUGGUUCAGAAUCACGCGCCGAUGGGCCCGGGGCAGGGGUCCCCGGGCUCCGGGGCCAAGUCCAGCCCGGACCUCUCCCAGAGGCACAGGGCGGGCAAGGCGGGGGAUGGGGCUUGCUGUGCUAGUCCUGAGAGCAAGCGGGCGGGGCAGGGGGCGGGGCCCGGCACGCCGGAGCAUCUGAGGAAAGGGAGGGUCAUCGUCGGGAGUCCGGAGUCCAUACGACACCACCCGCACCACCACCACCUCCACCAACACCAGCACAGCCCGGGGUCUGACCAUGGUAAAGGGAGGUACGCUGGUGGGUCCCCCGGCAGGGAACUAGGACCGAGGCGACCCCCCGGAGAGGAGCUUACCGCCCACCAACGCAGCCUGUACAACGCUCUGAUAUCUGCCGGUUGCUGCACCAACUCUUGUAGGAGCGUAAAGCUUUGGGAUAGCUUUGACGCCUCCUGACCGUGAUGUGGCCCCCUCAACCUCUCGUACCAUCGGAUGCUGCACAGCCAACCGGCUGCAAGGAGAAAGAGACAGAGAGAGAGACAGAAGGAGAGACAGAGAGAGAGACAGAAGGAGAGACAGAGAGAGAGCCAGAGAGAGAGAGAGAGAGAGAGAGAGAGAGAGAGAGAGAGAGAGAGAGAGAGAGACAGAAGGAGAGACAGAGAGAGAGCCAGAGAGAGAGAGAGAGCCAGAGAGAGAGAGAGCAUGGCAUUCGACGGAGAGACGGGUGAAUGGAAAGACACCUGUCCCUUAAUGUGAGAGUUCCAACACUUCAGGAUCACUUUGCGAUCAGGAAGCCCCUGAGGGCGCAGGAUACGGACAGCGAUAGACCCCCCCCCCCCCCCCCCCCCACCUCCAACCAACCAAUCCUGUCUCUCUUUCUCUCUUCGAUGUCACGUAGGCUGACCUACUGCUGCUACUGCUGUGAUGGACCUCCGUGAAACCUACCCCCCACCCCC